AAUCAUCUUCAUUUUCCUCUCUAAAAAGUGGAAACCUUCCUUGUUCCUUCAAUGGCGCUGACGGGUUUAUAUUUAUAUUUGUAUUAAAAGUCAACAUGCAGAUUCUGAAGAGUUCAAGAUAAUCUCUUUCGGUGGUCAUUAGUGUGUUUUUUACAUAGAGGUUCUUGAUACAGAGGAUUUACAGAUAAACAAGAUGAAGAAUGAAGAACAAUCUCGAUCCCUUUUUGGAAUCACUCUUUCUGGUAGACCCAUAUGGCAGCAAUUCCUUAUAUGCUCUUCUGGGUUCUUCUUUGGUUACCUUGUUAAUGGAAUCUGCGAGGAAUAUGUGUAUAACAGGCUUCAUUUCAGUUAUGGUUGGUAUUUCACAUUUGUUCAAGGGUGGGUAUAUCUUGUAUUGAUUUAUCUACAAGGGUUUACAACUAAGCAAAUGGUUAAUCCAUGGAAAACUUAUGUUAAGCUUUCCGCGGUUUUAAUGGGCUCACAUGGUCUUACUAAAGGAUCUUUAGCGUUUCUCAAUUACCCCGCACAACUCAUGUUCAAAUCCACAAAGGUGCUUCCUGUGAUGAUUAUGGGUGCUUUCAUACCGGGGUUAAGAAGGAAAUACCCGCCACAUGAAUACAUAUCAGCUGUUCUUUUAGUUAUCGGUUUGAUACUUUUUACAUUAGCCGACGCUCAAACUUCGCCAGAUUUCAGCAUGAUUGGCGUUGUUAUGGUGUCUGGCGCUUUGAUUAUGGAUUCUUUCUUGGGUAAUUUUCAAGAAGCAAUCUUUACAAUGAAUCCUCAAACAACACAGAUGGAAAUGUUGUUUUGCUCAACCGUAGUUGGAAUGCCGUUCUUGAUUCCUCCUAUGAUUCUUACCGGAGAGUUGUUUAAAGCUUGGACUGCUUGUUCACAGCAUACUUAUGUAUAUGGUGUAUUAGUGUUUGAGGCAAUGGCCACAUUUGUUGGUCAAGUCUCGGUUCUUUCUCUUAUUGCGAUUUUCGGAGCCGCCACAACAGCUAUGGUGACGACUGCAAGAAAAGCGGUGACAUUGCUUCUAUCGUAUAUGAUAUUUACAAAACCAAUGACGGAACAACAUGGGACGGGGCUUAUACUUAUAGCAAUGGGGAUUGUACUCAAGCUUUUGCCGGAAAACAAGCCCUCGAGAAGGGCUAAUCCUUCUCCGGUUGGGCGAUCAUCCACUAGAAUUGAGAAGCAAUUGGUUGUGGAAAAUAGAGGGCAAAUAGAAAGACAAGAAGAUGAAGAGAAGAGGUCAUUGAUUUAAAAUCUAACAAUAAUAUAAUACUAUACCAAAGUCAAAGAGUUUUUUUUUAUAAUCAUAUAUUUUUUUUAAAAUUUUAUUGUUAAGUCAAGAACUAUUGUAAGAAAGAAAUGUUAAUUAUUUACUAUAAUAUUGGUAAUUGAUGUAAAGAAUGGAAAUUGAUUGGGAAAAAAACAAUAUGAGACUUUAUAGACUUUGA